AUGCUCUUUGGUCUGAGGAACGCCACUCAAACCUUUCAGCGAUUCAUUGAUCAGGUUCUGCGAGGUCUCGACUUCGUCUACGCCUACAUUGAUGAUUUGCUGGUGGCUAGUUCUGACGCUGCUGAACACGAGAUUCAUCUUCGACAGCUCUUCGAACGGCUCGACUCCUACGCCGUUAUCAUCAAUGCCGCCAAAUGUGAGUUUGGAGUCCCCAGUCUUAUCUUUCUUGGUCACGAAGUGAACUCAGAUGGGAUAAAGCCCGUCCCGGAAAAAGUUUCGGCCAUAUCAACGUUCCCCGUCCCGACAACCAUCAGCCAACUACGCCGAUUCUUGGGGAUGGUGAACUACUAUCACCGUUUUCUUCCCCAUGGUGCCACCAUACUGCAGCCUCUCAACAGCUUGCUGACCCACUCCAAGAAGACACUAGUGAUGACCGAGGAGGCCGUCAGGUCCUUCAAUGACGUCAAGGCCGCACUUGCGGACGCAAAAUUGCUUGCCCAUCCUCGCUCAGAUGCCCAACUAACUCUCAUGACAGAUGCUUCCAGCACUGCCGUUGGUGCGUCACUUCAGCAAACUGUUCGUGGUGUUCUACAGCCUUUGGCUUUCUUCUCGAAGAAGCUCAGCCCAGCAGGGACCCGCUACAGUGUCUUCGGCCGCGAACUCCUUGCCGUCUAUCUAUCCAUCCGGCACUUCCGCCAUUUCCUCGAGGGUCGUGAAUUUGUUGUUCUAACAGAUCACAAGCCACUCGUUUUUGCACUGAGGACCUCUCCCGAUCGAUACUCGCCCCGUGAAAUCCGUCAUCUUGACUUCAUCUCACAGUUUUCCUGCGACAUCCAACAUGUCCACGGUAAGGAAAAUGUGGUUGCUGAUGCUCUUUCAAGAAUCAAGAUGGCCUCCAUCACAACUGACGCCAUAGACUUCACACCCAUGGCUCAGCGAUCGGAUGACGAGCUCUCCCAAUACCGCCACGAGAACUCUUCUUUACGCCUUCAAGAGGUCCCCCUUCCCACUGGCACAGGCACCAUCACGUGUGACCUUUCUACCGGACACGAACGUCCUUCUGUUCCAGCAACUUUACGACGACGAGUGUUCAACGCUCUCCACAAUCUAUCCCACCCUGGAGUCCGGGCGACAAUGAAACUCAUCACUGACCGAUUCGUCUGGCCCAACAUCAACCGGGAUGUACAGCGUUGGACCCGCUCCUGUCUACCAUGUCAACGAGCCAAAACGCAUCGGCAUACUAUUACUCCGCCAGGAACUUUCGCCACCCCUGAUGCACGCUUCAGUCAUGUGCAUAUUGACCUGGUAGGUCCGCUGCCACUAUCUAACGGUUCUACCUAUAUGCUGACAUGUACUGAUCGCUUUACUCGGUGGCCGGUUACUGCGCCCAUUCCGGACAUCAGUGCUGAAACCGUUGCGAAAGCUUUCUUGACUCAUUGGGUGUCCAAUUUUGGAGUUCCCGCGACUGUCGCCACUGACCGCGGAUCCCAAUUCGAGUCCAUGCUGUUUCGCGAACUCACUUCCCUUCUCGGUAACAACCGAAUCCGAACAACAGCGUACCACCCUCAAGCAAACGGUCUCGUCGAACGUUUCCAUCGACUGCUCAAGACUUCCCUUAUGGCCCAGCCUGAUCCUUCCCGAUGGUCUGAUCACCUUCCCUGGUGCUGUUGUCCCUCCGUUCCACUCUCAAGGCCGACAUCGGUUGCACUGCAGCUGAUCUUGUCUACGGAACCUCCCUACGACUGCCGGGUGAGUUAGUUUCUCCUUCAAACACGCUAACGUUUUUUGAACCUUGCAGUUAUGUGGAGCGACUACGUAGUGCCAUGCGCAAUCUCCGCGCAACGCCCCCUCGGGCGUCACCGGCCAAUUCCUUCAUCCCACCCGACCUGGAUAAGUGCGAUUUCGUCUGGGUUCGGCAUGACGCUGUCCGACGACCACUCUAACCACCCUAUGACGGGCCGUAUAAAGUCCUUCGCCGAUCUGACAAAGAUGUUGUCAUCGAACGCAACGGCAAGACCGACACAGUCAGCAUUGAUCGCGUCAAACCGGCCUACAUCGACGACAGUGACCAUUCCUCAACUCAAAAACGCACCCCGCCUCAGACAGUGCGGCCUCCUCCACCUACUGGCGAUAGCCCCCCUCCGGUUCGCCACACACGAUCUGGUCGCCACGUCCACUGGCCCGACAGGUUUGUGGCUGGCUAGCGUGUCGACGCCUUCACUUUGUUUGGUGUCUGGGGGGGAGUUGUAGCAGCUGCUCCAGUCCCCCUUUUCUCCAGCUCCCUUUGUCGGUCGAUGACCGCGAUAAGCACUGACAGGCCGCUGACGCACGACCACCCCCGCCGGCUAGAAUUGGGACACCUCCUGUCCAGCUGCAGUGACUCCCGGCUGCACUCAAAAACUAGUAUCGCCUAACGCGCGUCGAACGCUUUGGCUUGAUUCCCGUGAGGCCUUGUGAGUAUGCGCCCUCCACUCGUCCUCUAAUUUGUCCAAUCACACGACAACCACUCAGACAGUCACCCCCUCCUGCUGACCUAGACACUCACACCCGCGUAAACAACACACACCGUGACUGACGCUCUCCGUGAACGGACGCUUUUCUCUGUUGCAAGCAAACCGCCAACUUACGGCAACCUGCCCUGUAUACAGAAUAAACUAGUCCUCACAGCUCCCUGACUUCUGACAGUAGACGAAACGAACUUAUUGUGCGUGGUUUAAGUCGAUCUCACAUCCUUGACCGCCACACACUAAAACCGAAGCCAAUACUUUGCAGAAACAAAUGCGCAGAUAUAUGAUUUGCAAUGUUACGCAGUAUAAAAUUAUGCUUACGUUUUAUCCUCUCCUUGUAUCGCAACUUAUUACCUCAAUAACUUCUAACGCUUGUUCUAUAACAUUGCCGCAACUAGAGUUUGCGUCGCCGAAGAUGAAAAGAUCGGGUAUCUCGUCUGGUCAUUUUCUCUAAGGACUAGCAGAGGCGUAGCUCUCAGCGACUAAAAGGUCAACAGGUUCUAUAUGGACCAACGAAAUUUUGGAGUUAGCCGUAUAUAUAGACGGCUGCGAACACGCGCUGGCACCCAUUGUGUCUCCGGCCACAAUUCUAGCACUCAGAGAUGGCGAGGAGGCCGCGAGCCCUCGCAUUUUAGCGAGAGUUCUUCGAAGCAUUACAAGGUACUGGACGGGUUUUUCGCAGCGGUAAAAAGAUUAAAAUAUUGUUAACUUACAACAAAACGAACUGGACAGCAAAUACAACUGCCGCUUUGCCAUAGUAACUAAAAGAGAUGGUUUGACACGACGUCAAUAAACAGGCAAUUGGAAAAAUGCAGCUAAUUUAGUAGACCAUCUUAUAAGACAGAGGAAAAUUAUACCCUGCAAUAAAAACCUUCUUUUAAGAGGAACCGAAUCACAAAUGCGCAUUAAUUGCCUAGGAAUAUCGAAGCAAAGGCAAAGCUUCAUUUAUCUCUGAAAUUGAGCUGCGCACAUUGACCUUACAUGCAUACAUUAUUGUGUCGCUCAUUAAACGACCUCUCUAGCUAAAAUGUUUAAAAAAAUUUUUACCAUUAGAACUGCUGAUUUCUCCGUAGCCAGUCAGGUUCUCAGCUCUUCGCAACGUGGAUUUUUUGCUCGAUCACCCUUGUGGAACAUGUCAUACGUCUUUUCGGAAUUACCUCUCUUUGUAAGGACCACUUUUCCGUCAUCGUUAUCUAUUUUAUAUCCUAGUAUAGUCUUUAAUAAAGUGCCACAUUGACAGCUGUUAGUUAGACUAGAGACUCUAGGACCUGGUGGUCCCUUUUUAGAUUUUAGCAAAUGGCACCUAUGUAGCCGGAACCAAAAGGUCUUGGCGGGGAUCCCAUUUUCCGAUGCGGACCCUAUUGUAAGUCUUAUCCUUCGAAGUAAUAUGUUAGGUCCACUUUUGUUUUUGGUUUACGUUAACGAUAUUUCGUCGGCAGUUAAAUAUUCUCGAUCUUUUAUUCGUGCUGAUCGUCUCAAAUACCUAUAUUCUUUCUUUAAUUCUACGAAGCAACAUUGCCUGGAGCAGAUCCAUAACGAUUUGCUCGCCCUUUCCACAUGGCACUCAACGUGUUAAAUAGAAAUAUCCCCCUUUAAAUGUUGAUACAUGUGUUUCAGACCUGAAAUGUAACACCAAACUGAGUAAUGCUCAGCACGGAUUUCUCAUGGCUCGGUCUUGUGACACCUGUCAGCUCUCUUUCUUUGACCAUGUUCUCCAAUGUAGGGACGAUGGCUUUGCACUUCACACAGUCUAUUUCGAUUUCAUUAACAGAUUUUUUAUCGUAUUGACCAUGCUCUUUUUCCCUCAAACCUUCCCCCUUUCGAAAUAGGUGUUAAACUUCUGAAGUUUGCAUCCCCCUACCCUGCCGCUCGCACAAAACGUGUUAAGAUUUCCCAUGCCAUCUCCAACCCCACAUGUGUGAGGAGUGGAGUCAUUCAGGGUAGUGUACUCGACCCGCUUUUAUGUUGCCUUUUUGUUAACGAUGUACCCGAUGUAUGUCAAAAUGGCAAACCCUUCAUGUAUGCCGAUGAUCUGAAUGUUGCAUAUCAAUAUAAGCCGGCAGAUCGUGACAUCGUGCUUGAACUCCUGCAGAGCGACCUACAGGCCUUUGCCCAGUGGUGUCGCACAUGGCGCCUUUCUCUUUCUUGGCAUUAAUGCUUAGUCGUGGUGGUUGGCGACGGUCACCAACCUCAACUAAUUAUUGACAGUCACGACAUAAAUGUGCCUGAAGUAAUUAAGGAUCUGGGCUAUCAUAUUCCUAGUGUCUUAAUAUUUGGGAGCACUGCGCCGUGAUAGUCUCCAAAACACGUAGAUCGACCGGGUUUUCCUUCAGAAUUUUAAAACUAGAGAUGUUAUAAUUCGCCUUUACAACAUGUACGUUAGACCUGACCUGCAAUACUGUUCGUUUUUACUUAACCUCAUGCGUGUUGCUGGUCGGAAGAAAAUAGGAUCCGUCCAGCAUUUUUUACCAAAUUAUUUUAACCACAGACCACCGGAAUUUGGUUUACCAAGAACGUUGCCGGCUUAUAGGCCUUGAUCCUUUCUGAUUUCGUCAAUUUCAAAAGGGGCUAUUUUUACGGUUUAAGCUCUUAAAUAGCCGUACUUUUAACAUGCUUACUAUUUUUCAACAUCUUACCCACCCCCGGCGUAACAGUCAACGUGAGGUCUUUUUAUUACUUCCUCUGGCACGUACUGUUAAGUAUCGUCUCUUCUUUUAUGAAACUGAAGCUGCUCUUCGGAAUAAUCUACCCAGAAAUGUGAGAACUCUGAAAAUUGACCCUUUACUUAAGAGAACUAUUACUCAAUUUUUGCAUUCAGAAUAGUUCCCAAAAAUAUUUGGUGCUGAAUCCAGUGUUCAACACUACCGUAGCGAUGGCGCUUGUGGUCUCUGACUACUAUGGCCGGUCUCACCAGGAGCCAUUUCUUUGGCCAACAGCGACAGCUGUUCUUCGGCGCUUCUGUUUGGACUUGACCCAACUUCAUGAAAGGAAUUGGCGACUGAUAAUAUCCGAUAACGUGCAACCCUUCCCUUCUUGACUGUCGACAAUUUGCGGUCAGCAGUUUUUUUUCCGAACCCUCCAAACCAUAAAAACCACCAUCAACUUUAUUUUUAAUUCUUUUCGACAGGAUUUUUUCACUGCUGUCUGGAUUUGUGUUUGACGCUUCCCUGACAAUGCCUGUAAACUUUUAUUAAAUAAAAUUAUUAUUAUUAUUAUUAAAACUGUGUCUUCCACCAGUAAUUAUUCAGGUCUAAACCGUACCAAUGAUCAAGAUCCUUUGCCACAUGGCCAAAGCUGCCUAGAUGUGUUGUUCCAUUUCCUAUAAUCUCUAUCCUCUCGAGAAUAAAUUAAGACUUUUUCGAACAUGUGUCCAAAGGAUUCUGAAACAUAGCCACCCAUGCUUUAAUUAAAUGAGCAGGGUUAUUCGUUCCAAAAUUAAAGGUGACCGAAGAGAUUUUACUAGAAAGCUCUUAGGCAUGAUACUUCCAAAUAAUUUCUACGCAAAUAAAUGUCAUCAAACUAAUCUAAAAUUUUUCCAAGAACCUGCCUUCUGCCUUCUUCUUCGUAUUAAUAACAGCUCAAAUCGUCCUCGGAUUUUAGCUCCCACACCUGUUACUCCCUCAUUCAGCCAUCUCGAUUCUUCCUCAAUUAUAGUUCAUUCCCCACCUCCUCCUCCUCCUCCUCCUCCUCCUCCUCCUCCUCCUCCUCCUGUAA